AUGAGCCCGAUAUUGGUCGGAGUUUUUGGAAUCAUGGCCGGUGCUAUAAUCGUUGCACUAUGUCAUUGUAUAUUUGUGUUACAACAUUGCUUGACAAGGCCUAGAAGAGCAAAUCACGAGAAUCAAAGGCAAACUACGCGCAAUAUUGGACAAGAACAUGCCCCGAGUGCCACCAACUCGAGCAAUUCAAUAGUGCAAUUGAUCAUUACAUCGAAGCACGCUAGAGAAUCCAAACAGGAUGUAUGUGCCGUGUGUUUGAGCGAUUUUAAGGAAGACGAUGGCGUCAGAGUAUUGCCUGAGUGCACACAUAUAUUUCAUGUAGCAUGUAUCGACAAGUGGUUGGAUAGUCAUCAUAAUUGUCCCCUUUGUCGUGCAGAUACUAUGCCUCCAUCUGAUCAUCUUGUAAUUACAUUGCCGGAUUCUGAUCUUGUUUCAACACCGGAGCUUUAG